CAUUAUAAUUACGUGUACAUUAUAAUUGAAACGACCAAUGUAGUAUUCAUACAUGAGUAAUGAUCUGGUUAUUUCACAAAUACCCUAUCGGUUGUCACUCGUGGCAGCAGAUUCUAACUAUGUCUUUGGCGGGCAGCUGCGUGGCGCUGCACCUGCGCUUCCUGCGCUGCUGCGGAUACUGUCGGCUGGCGGGCGGCGACGGGUACCCGCCACUGCUGCGCUGGCUGCAUCACGCGUACCGAUACUUUGCCCUCGCCCUUAUGACUGCGUAUUUGCUGCAGCAAUGCGUUUACGCAUAUCAGGAGCAAACUGACAUGGACAAGUUGGCGCGGGUGAUGUUCUUGUUGCUGUGCCACGUGACAUCUAUCACGAAACAAAUAGUGUUUCAUGUGGACGCAGAGCGCAUCGACGAGAUGAUCACGGGACUUGACGAUCGUUUGUAUAACGAGGUGUCGGAGAAGCAGGCGCAGCUGCUGUCGACGACGUGCGUACGCGCCGCGCGGCUGGUGCGCGUCUACACCGGCACCGCCUUCAUCACCUGCACGCUGUGGAUCGUGUUCCCGAUCUUGGAAUAUGCUAACGGACGGCCGGUAGAUUUUCCCUUCUGGGCCGGAAUAGAUUACAAUCACUCCAGAAUAAGGUUCCUUCUGGUGCUGUUGUACUCGUAUUACGCGACUUCGCUGGAAGGCAUAGCGAACACAACCAUGGACGCUUUCAUAGCGACCAUCCUUUAUCAGUGUCAAACACAGUUGAAAAUACUGCGAAUGAACAUAGAGAUAUUACCUGACAGAGCACGUGCUAUUGUUAAGAAAGAACCGAACCAAAAAUAUGAGGCAGUUCUUUGGAAAUUAUUUAUAGAGUGCUUAACGCAUUACAAGAAAAUAACCAGCACAAGUAAGAUAUUGCAAGAUAUUUUUGGUACAGUAAUACUGAUACAGUUUGCUAUUGGUGGAUGGACUUUAUGUAUGGCUGCCUAUAAGCUUGUAAGCCUGAACGUGCUGAGCAUCGAGUUUGCUUCCAUAACGCUGUUCAUCAUGUGCAUCUUCAUCGAGCUGCUGCUGUUUUGCUACUACGGGAACGAAGUGAAAGUCGAGAAGUGGAGUGGAGUGUUAACGUGUGGUGGCGGUGUGCGCGCGGCAGAGCGACCGCAUGGUGGAGUCGCUGUACGCGAUGCAGUGGCUGGGCACGCCGCUGCGCUUCCAGCGCUCGCUGCUCGUGUUCAUGGAGCGCGCCAAGCAGCCGCUGCGCCCCGUCGCCGGCCGCAUCAUACCGCUCUCGCUUGAAACAUUCCUCACGAUCAUAAAGUCAUCCUAUACGUUUUAUGCUGUUUUGCGACAGACAAAGUGAAUGAGAACAUUAUAAAUACUCGUAGCUACCUAUACAUUUCAUAAUAAUUAUUUUACGGUACUGUGGACCUUAAUGAUGUAUGCUUAUUAUAUGUAUAGACAUCUUACUUCAACAAUUUACAUUAGAAUCUUGAAUUUAUUGUAAUAUAUGUUACUUUACUUCUUUAACAAUUACACAGCCCUCUCAAGGAGUUGUACUAUCUGGUCUCGGUUUUAAUUAUAUAUAGGAUAGGUAAUAAUUUAGUGAACGAGUAUUGUUAUGUAGUAGUUAAAUUAUAUUAAUAUUAUAAAUAAGAAACUUUGUUGUACAGCUCGCCAUUGGCAGAGAGUUCAUCCCCAUACCUUACAGUCUAAAUGAUGAAAAAAAAAUACUCAGGUUAUGGAAUAAGCUUCCUGUUGAGGUUUUUCCAAGAGAGUACAUUAUGGGGUUAUUAAAAAAAAAAAAAAAAAACACUGAUUUAAAUGAAAUUUAGAACACGAAUAGAUUAUAUCGUAACAUAUACUUUAUACACUGACUUAGGCGUGCGAAGUCGCACAGGAUACAGCAAGGAUAUCGUCAUAGUCGUAGAAUACUGACGGAUCUAUAUAUGUAAUCUUUGUCAGAUCCGUCAGUAUUCUAUGACUAUGACGAUAUUACAGAAUUAAACAGCCUCCAUGUAACAUGGCGUUUACGUUACUAAACACUUUGAAUUAGGCAUGUAAAAUAACUUUCAUGUUUGAGUUGGUUCAGAUAAUUACGAAUGAUUACAUUAAAUUUUUAUCAAAUCACAAAUAUAUAUUUUCAAUAAAAAUAAAAAAAAAUCUAUAUGUGUGAGUUGUUAUAUUAACUUGGCACUACAAUGAGAAGUAUUAAAAUCGAAUCCUUGAGACAUCGUGACGGACGCCGCGCCGUGCCGCGCCGCUCUCAUGCUAAUAACGAGAGCUGCUAACAAAAAUUGAAUUUAAAGCGAGCCGCCUUCAUUUGAAUUUAUUACGAAUAUCAUUUUCAUUCAUUUGCAUUUCAUUCAAUUUCGCCCGGGAACAGUUGAGCGGCGCGCCUCGCCGCCGGUGUGGAUGCGGCGCGGCGGCCGCGGUCGGCGCUCCGACGCCGACACGCGCCUCUUAUAUUUAAGUACAUUCAAUGUUUUUGUUUUCGCCGCUGUUUAAGGCUCGUCCUUCGAAUCGUUUAAAUAUCGAUUAAGAACUCGCAUUGUACUCGUAUAAUGUUGUAUAAGAUUGCAAUAAAAAAGUUCUGAAUGAUUCGUUUAUUAUUUUUGUGAAAGUUUUUCGUAAAUUCUUAACCCCCGAAUCUUAUCAAAAAUUAAAUAUUGUCUCCUUGUAUCUGUAUGAUCACUUUUAUUGAAGUAGGAUUGCGGACACUGGGUUCUCUCUACUGUCUCAUAAAAGUCUUGACGUGUAGAUAGUAAAAGCACAGUACCUAUUAUUAUAAAAUAGAAUUGAGUAUUAUUCCUACCUUUAUUAUAUUGGUACCUAACGAAUGUUGCAGUAAAAGAAAUUAAAAAAAAAAAUUAACAAGUCUAGCUAAUUACGCCCGAGGGUAGAUAUAAAAACAAAGUACGGAUUUCGUUGAUAAUGGUGAGUGGUGCUAGUGGAGCUAGUGUAAGCCAAUAGUUCACUUGACAUCGAGAGGCAUCUUAUUAGGCCGCUGCACGCUGCAGCGGUGCGCGGGGCGCGGGGCG